AUGGAAAAAUUACGUGCAAAGCUUCACAUCAAAAACGAGCUGGGGCGAGCGCUAAUCGCAGAAUUCAUGGGCACAGCCCUACUUCUGCUGAUUGGUAAUUGUGUUGUCGCCCAAAGUGUACUACCACGUCCAAGAUUGAACGAAAUGAUCGGAAUAAAUGUUGGCUUCGGCUUAGCCAUCGCUUUCGGUGUCGCCAUAUCGGCAAAGAUCUCAGGAGGUCACAUCAAUCCGGCUGUGUCGUUGAUGUUCCUCACCUUCCGCCAGCUGGCUCCUGCACGUUUCAUCCUCUACACUAUCGCACAGACUCUUGGUGCCCUUGUUGGCGCUGCCCUAGCAUAUGCUCUUUACCACGAAGCGAUUAAUAGCUUCGACGGAGGUAUUCGAGCAGUGAUUGGACCAAAAGCAACUGCCGGCAUUUUCGCCUCCUAUCCGGCCAACCAUCUCGGUCUAUUCGGAGGCCUCAUUGAUCAGAUUAUCGCCACCGCUGUGUUCUGCUUCCUGAUCGCCCACAUCACUGACAAGAGAAACUCGUAUCCACAAUGGCUUCAACCUUUCUCCUCAUUGGACUGCUCUUAUUCGGCUGUUGCUGAACCGCUUCGCUUCAACUGCGGAUAG